AUGGAUUCAGGGGACAAAUGGCGCGAGCGACGCAAAAUUCUGACACCAGCAUUCCAUUUUAAUAUUCUGCGAAACUUUUACACAAUUUUAGUUGAGAAUACUGAAAAGUUUGUGCACCAGAUAGACAUGGAGACGACUAAAGAGAAGAGUGAUAUUUUUGAUCUAGUAACGGACUUUACAUUGAAGUCCUUGUGUGAAACAGCAAUGGGAACGAAGUUAGACGACGAAACGUCCGAGUUCGGAAGAACAUACAAAAAUGCUAUACACGAUCUUGGGAAUAUUGUCCUGCAUCGGGCGCAAAGAGUAUGGAUGUACCCAACCUUUAUGUUCAGUCUCACUAAAUUUGGACGGACACAGAAGAAAUUGCUUGACUUGAUCAGUUCAUUUAGGGAUAGAGUCGUGAAGAAACGUAGAGACGAUUCUAUUAAUGUGAAGAAUAUACAUUUUAACGACAAUGAAGACGAUUUUGUGAUUUAUGGGAAGAAGAGAUUGGCUAUGUUGGAUUUAUUAUUGGAAGCGGAGAAGAACGGUACUAUCAACAUGCAGGGUGUUAAUGAGGAAGUAGACACAUUUAUGUUUGAGGGUCACGACACAACUGCCACUGCUCUUCAGUUUACUUUUAUGAUAUUAGCCAACCACCAAGAAAUUCAGGAUAAAAUUGUUGAAGAAUGUAAUGCAAUUGUAUCAGCAGAAAAAAUGCCAACGAUGAAUGAUUUAUCUCAAAUGAAAUAUUUGGACUGUUGCAUUAAAGAAAGCUUAAGAAUGUUUCCACCUGUUUUCUUCAUUUCGAGAAAAAUUGAUGAAUCUGUUAUAUUGUCAACAUACGAAUGUCCACCUGGCUCCGAGAUCCACAUCAUGAUUCGUGAACUGCACCAUGUUUGUAAGCAGUUUGAGAACCCCUUCGAUUUCAGACCUGAAAGGUUUAUGAAGGAACCAACAUGGCACCAAUACGCGUACAUACCUUUUAGUGCUGGACCUAGAAAUUGUAUUGGACAAAAAUUCGCUAUGAUGGAGAUGAAAUUAGCACUAUCCACUGUUCUCAGACGGUAUAAAGUACUUGCUGUAACGAAACCAGAAGAUAUAUCGUAUUUAGCAGAUUUUAUUUUAAGGUCCAAGGACCCUGUUUACGUAAAAUUUGAGAGAAGAUUUACGUAA